UUGUUUCAUUGCUGGAUUGACGUUAUGAAUAAUAUAAACGAGCUAUCUUAUCAUUCUGUCACGUGGAAACAAUUGGAAUGAAAACAUAGUGAAUAUUUCAUGUUCUAGGAAAGUCAAAGUCGUACAUUUCGAGAUUAUUAUCUAGUCUUGCGACUUUCAGUGAUUCCCCUCAGUGGCAAACUAUUAUCCUUCCGUUAUCGGGCGCAACUGCGCAAUUAUACCACGUGACCAAGCCAUCUGGCAGAACAGUCGCGGACUUCUCCCUUGUGUCAUUACAUAGUCACAGCUGAACUGUAUUAACUGGUGUCUGGCAAAAUCUUCUAAGGAUUCAAAAUGCGAAUCUCCGCCGUCCUAUCAUUGACGAUGGCGAUGGUGACGCUCAUGGGCGGAUCGGAAGGGACAAAUCGUCCCAUAGUGGGCAUUCUCGCCCAGGAGCUUCCCUGGAUAUUGAGAGUUUUCGGGAGAACCAGCUUCGUACCUGCCUCAUAUGUAGAAGCAGUCGAGGCUUCUGGAGCCAGGGCUGUCCCCAUAUUCAUCAACCAAACUAUGGACUACUACAGGCACAUGAUGACUUCCAUAAACGGUGUCGUGUUUCCGGGGGGCGGAACAGAUUUUAGUGCCCCCCACGGCUAUGCAGCGGCCGGCAGGAUCAUCAUGGAUAUUGCCCAACAGCUACAAGACUCCGGCGUGUCCAUCCCCAUCCUUGGUGUCUGCCAAGGGUUCCAACUCCUCAUGUACCUUUCGGCCAACAGCACAUCCGAGGGCUACAUCUUAGUGGGUUGUAACGCCACUGAUGUUGCUCUCCCUCUGGACUUCCGGCCGGGAUUCAAUCGGAGUUCUCUCUUCAAACGUGCCUCCGAUGAGAUUAUAGAGAUCCUGCAAAAUCUCCCCGUCACCUCAAACCACCACAGAUUCUGCGUAACCGAAAAGACGUUCAAGUCUCAUGGAUUGCAAAAGUCAUGGCAGGUCCUUUCCACCAACCGGGACGUGAAUGGCAUGGAAUUCAUCUCCAGCGUAGAGCACUACCGGCGGCCUUUCGUGGGUCUGCAGUUCCAUCCCGAGGUCAACGCUUUCAAAUGGAACCCUGUACAGGGUAACCCACAUUCGCACAAGGCCAUCCUAAGCGCCCGCCACUUCUACGACUGGUUGGUGGAGAAGAGUAGAGCCAACAACCAGAGCUUCUCCAACCUCCAGGAAGAGCACAACAGCCUAUUCAGCAACUACUGUCCUGAUUUAAUGCACGGAAACACGGUCGACGAAUACCGGGCAUACUUUUUUUAUUAAGUAGCCAGGAAUGUAAUUACCACAUUCGUACAAUACUCCUAGACGAUUCUUGUACAUAAGCGUUUUAUAUUUGUCACAAUGAUGAAGGACUAUUUUUAUCUACAUUAUUGCCCAAGAAUUACAGUUCCUAAACUUCCCACCUAUUGAAGAAGAGUUAUUUAGUGGAAGGAUCCAGAUACUCACUUCCUAUCCUUACUCUGUGGAAAUUGAAACCUCUAUGUAGUAAAUACCUUGCAAUAACAAUAAAACUGCACUGAAAUGAAACCAAACGAGAUAAUCAAACAAUUUACACGGUUAAACUAUUAAAUACAAUACUAAUAUUGGCAUACAACUUUUUAAAGAACCUAAUUGGUGAUCGGCGGAACCGAGUCUUGCGACCCCAAACUUCAAGGCACAUAGGAGUGAUACACAUGUAGCUAGUUUAUAAAAUAUUACAUUCUAUGGAUAUAGUAAUGUAAAUCCGAGGUGAAAGCCUUCUUUAUGGUACUAAAUUAAAUGUAAAGCGCUAUAUUAAAUUAUUUACUUAUUGU